GGCCCGGAGGCCGCAAGACCCCCAAGACGCGCCGAGCUCCGCCCCGUAGCCCGCGGGGGGGGGCUCUCUCCCCCGCGGGGGCCGGGAGAGGUGCUGCCCGCGCCGCGUCCUGCGCGGCACCACCCCACGCCCUCCGCCCAGCCCCCCUGAGGCCGGCUCGCAGUCUCGCACCCGCGCCCGCCCCCACACGCUCUGCUCCGCCACCUCCGAGGGCCUGGCGUCCGAGAGGGGAGCCCGGGCCCCAGGGCACACGAUGACCGCCCCCUCCAGCCCUGGCUGUCGGGCAACGUGGGGCCAGCCCUCUGGCCCCGACUGGCGGAACGCAGGAGGGGAUAGCGGCGCCCGCCGCGGGACUGCUUCCAGCUGGCGGCUGCUGGGACCGAGCUGCGUCCCGGGUGAAACCGACCCUGCCAGUCUGGCGCCGCUUCUGCGACAAGGCCCGCAGAAAGACGCCGCGGCGCCUCUCCUCCCGGACCUUCUUCCUCUCCAAGCAGGUCAUCAUAGCCUUAGCAAAUCCCCGCCCCAACUCAGAAAUUGUCAUUUUUAAGGACAAAAGAAGUGUGGCCUAGAGAUGUUUUGUUUCACUGUCCCUCGUGCUAAAAAGGGGGCUCCCCAGGCGUGGUGCGCCAAGUAGCGGGCUGCUAGGGGAAUGAGCUGGAAUGCGGGGAGGGGAGGGCGCAAUCACUGCCCGGCGUGCCAAGGCCCCGGAGACACGCGGACCCUCCGUAAUCACCCUCCCCCUGUGGCCACAGCCCACCCCGGGACCUCAGGGGACGCACUUGGGCAGCCCCGCCCGCCGGCGCACUUGUCUCCAGCCCUCUCCGCCCCUCCUGGCGCACUGCGUAGUGCGCCUAGUUCCCCGGGCCGGGCAGAGCGGCGGCUGCAUUGAGGACACACCGCACACCUCCCGCCCUCUGGUCGGGUCGGCUCCGGGCCCACCCCCAGUGCAGGCCCUCGGGGUGGUGGGGGGCGGGGCCGGACGCCGCCAGCGCCGCAGGUGCAGCCCAGAGGCCGCGCGCCGAACCUGCCUCUCCACUGCCCUCCUGGAGACAGUCACCCCGCCCCCCCAUCUUCCCCAACCCUCCCUCCAUCCCGGGGCUGGAGAAGGCCACCCAGCCGUGGCCGCAGGACUGGAUCUCCACGCAGGUAGCUUAGCGUGCUCUUGUGCAGGCAUGAGCAGCCUCGUAUCCUGAUUGGGUUAAGGGUGGACGCAGUUGUGGGCUGGGGCCUGGGGCCCAGAAGGUCCAGAAGAAGGGUGACAAGGGGCCCUUCAACAUGGAGGCACUGGAUGAAAUCAGAAUGAGAUGCGUGGUCAAGUUGGAAAAGCAGCAGAUGCAGGUCCGUGGAACCAGAACAGCAUCUGUAGCGGACUGAUAAGCCAUUCUAGGCUCUUGGCGUGGGGUCUUGGCUAGCAGUUUGAUCUGAAGAUGGCACUCCGGGCGCUGUGGGGCAGCCUCAGCCUGCUCCGCCUGGUGUGGUGCCUCCUGCCACAGACAGGCUACGUGCACCCAGAUGAGUUCUUCCAAUCACCUGAGGUCAUGGCAGAGGACAUCCUGGGCAUCGAAGCUGCACGGCCUUGGGAAUUCCACCCCAGCAGCUCCUGCCGCACGGUGCUCUUCCCACUGCUGACCUCCGGCUCCACCUUCUGGCUGCUCAGGCUCUGGGAACAGUGGGGACCGUGGCCGGGCCCAGUGAGUGGCUACGUGCUGCUGGUGGGGCCCCGACUCCUCCUCACUGCCCUCUCCUUCGCCCUGGACUUGGCCGUGUACCGCCUGGCCCCGCUGUGGGGGGCAGAGCGCUGGAACGCCCUGGUCCUGCUGUCUGGCUCCUACGUCACCCUGGUCUUCUACACGAGGACCUUCUCCAACGCCAUCGAGGGACUGCUCUUCGCCGGGCUGCUGGUGCUGGUGUCCCCCCGGUUAGCUUGGAGCCCCACACGCAGGAAGCCUGCUCCGGGCCCGUGGGCACACAGCUGGCUUCUUGGGGGCAUCGUGGCUGCUGGCUUCUUCAACCGGCCCACGUUUCUGGCCUUUGCUCUGGUCCCACUCUUCCUCUGGAGCACCUGUGGGGCCGCAGACCCUGGCUUCAGGUCGCUGGCGAAGGAAGCCCUGGCACUGCUCCCCGGGGCGAGCCUCGUGGCGGCGGUGUUUGUGGCUGUGGACAGCUGGUAUUUCUCCAGUCCCUCUAGAUCCAGUACCCUUGUUCUUACACCUGCCAACUUCUUGUACUACAACCUGGAUCCUCAGAACCUGGCGAGGCACGGCACACAUUUGCGGCUCACUCACCUGGCAGUCAAUGGUUUCCUGCUCUUCGGGAUGCUGCAUGCCCGGGCCUUGCGUGCGGCAUGGCAACAGCUGCAAGCCUGCCUCCAGGCCUUUGCACAAAUGCGCUUCCGGAGGGCUCUGGGGGGCCGGAGCCUGCUGUCUGGCCCCGGGUCUCACCUCCUGCUCCUCUACUUCACGCCCCUGGCCCUGCUCUCUGCAUUUAGCCACCAGGAGGCUCGGUUCCUGAUCCCCCUCCUGGUCCCCCUCGUCCUGCUUUGUAGUCCACAGACCCAGCCUGUGCCCUGCAAGGGCUCCCUGGUCCUCUUCAAUGUCCUGGGUGCCCUUUUCUUUGGCUGCCUGCAUCAGGGGGGCCUAGUGCCCAGCCUGGGGCACCUGGAGCAGGUGGUUCAUGCACCUGCGCCCCCCAGCCUACCCACCCACUACACACUCCUCUUCACCCACACCUACAUGCCCCCCCGGCACCUUCUCCACCUCCCGGGCCUGGGCUCACCCGUGGAGGUGGUGGACAUGGGCGGGACCGAGGACUGGGUCCUGUGCCGAGCCCUGAACAACUUCACCAGACAACCAGCCUGCCAGGUAGCUGGUGGGCCGUGGCUCUGCCGCCUUUUUGUGGUGACCCCUGGCACCGCCAGGCCUGCCAUGGAGAAGUGCCACUUCCCUCUCAAGAGUGAGACACUCCUGUUUCCCCACUUGACCCUCGAAGACCCACCAGCCCUGUCCUCACUGCUGAGUGGGGCUUGGAGGGACCAUCUCAGCCUCCACAUCUUGGAACUAGGGGAGAAGCCUGACAAUGUCACCAAAAAGCCGCCGCCCAUGAUUCAGCCAUAGGUGAAGGCACCACUCCACCUUCUCUGUGGGUGGCUGGGCUGGAGCAGAGCCCUGGUUCUCUUCCUUUCCUUUCCCUUCCGGAAUUCCCACUACUGCCUCCCCUGUGCAUGGGCUUUGGCUGCUCUGCCUUCUGGGUAAGCUGGCACCCUUUUCCCCUUAAAGACCAAAGAUCUGGCCAGGUCCCCAAAGAAGCUGGUGUAACCAGUGUCUGGUGAACAGCCUCAUGUCUGUUCCCGCCCUAUCCCUUCUAGCCACUGUGAUGUUCUGGUAUAUAAGAGCACCUGGUUAUGAAAAGAGAGAGAUCUGCUAAUGACAUUUCUGAAUGACCUCUCUCAAACCUUCCGGGAUGCCUUACCUCUUGCUGUCAUGAUAACCCUCCGGCUUCCUGGGUCACCGGGAAGGAGGCAGUGUGGUGAUGUAGAGAGAGCAGGCAGCUCUGACUGGAGAGACCUGAGGUCCAGUCCCUGGUCUGCCUGCCACUCCCUGGCUGUGUGAUCUUAAGAAAGCCCCUUCCCCUCACCUAGCUUCAGUUCCCAAUCUCUCCAGUGGAUAAAAGCAUCUAAGAGGUGUCUGCCAGCUAACACUGCGUCAUGCCCUGGUCUGCAGCACAUGUACCCUGGCUAAACAGGCAUAUCUGUCCCAAAGCUCCUUAAGCAGCAUGGGUGUGGUACUCUGGUGCCUGUUAAUCUCAGCGUUUGGUUAUUACGAAAACAAGUAGUUCUGGAACUUUUCUCCCCAUCCUCUUCUACGCCUGUCCCCGAGAGAGGCGGUGGGACCUUUCUGCAUCUCACCCUUUAAGGGUCAUUCUCUGGGACUGGGGAACCCAGAUGUUCUCCCUCCUCAGCCUGCGCAAGUGGGAAUGGAGAACAAACAAUGCUGUUAGUAGCUGGCUGCACUUGAGAACUCUCUGGUGCCCCCAGAGACUGCUUCAAUGCGAUCUGGUCACUGUCUAAGCUCAAAGCCCUGGUCAGAAACCUCUUCACAGGAUGGAGCGGAGCACCUGCUGCUCUAGUGAAAGCCAUCACAGCCCCAGGCGCAGGGCUCCCCACAUCUAGGGGCACCGCUGCCAAUCCACUGGGAAGGUGAGGAGCCGCGGCGCUCGACCUGUCCUCACCCCCCUCCUCAAAUCCCUCCCGCCUCCUGCGAAUAAGCGGCACGCAGCCCACAGAAAUCGGCGAGCUGGAAAUCAGCGCAGAGCUGGAGACCAAACCAAUACUAAUGACCAAGCCUGAGCACUCUUCUAGUCCCGCCUUCUGCUGGCUGAGGUUUGGGUCAACUCGGAGCAACGGCGCCCAGUCGUGCUGCUCUGGGGCAGCUGCUCAUCUAGGCACCACGCCCUCCUCGGGACUCCAGCCCCGAGCAAGAGCAGAGUCAGUGAUAUGCCCAUCAGGGCUCAGCAGCCCACUCUCUGGGGGCAGAAAAGCCCCCAUGUGUAGCAUUGGCCGAUUCCCGUGGCAUAAAUACUCCCACCUUGGCUGAUUUCAAACUACCAAAAUGAUGCUACUGAACUCCAAGUUGGGAGGAGAUGCCAAAGAUCUGCUCUCAGGAGCCAGUAGAUGUUGGCUCCAGCAAACUACUGGACAUUUCCCUCUUUUAAAUUCCGUAGUACCCAUUCAUGUCAAUGCAUUGCUCUUGUGGUUUAUGUUUCUAUGAACCUCUGAUUUGUCUUCCUAUCCCUAGAGCUUAGCAUCAUCUCUGGCACACAGUAAACACUUACUGUUUACUUUGCAGCCAAAGAUGGCUUUUCUGCCCAAGUGCCAUCUUGGAGACACCCCAGACUCUAGGGUCCCAAAACUUCUUGGGACUUUUGCCUCUUCUCUCCCCCAGUUGCAUCCACAAUCUCAGAAUCCCCUGGAGGAAUUCCAGGGACUUGGUUGUAGCAGUCCAUGUAGAUUGUUGGUCUGGCCUCUAAUAAAUU